UGCCAAAGGACACAUCAGAGGACUCUACCACAGGUACAAACAUGUCAGUAAAGAUGUCCGGUGAAGAUCAGGCAAAAGGAAAUGCUCAGAGUUCUGAGGAAGCAACUUGUUGCCAGGUAACCGUGGAUGAGGUGGGUCUCCUGAAACUGAAGUUAACCAUCCUGGCCGUCCUCUGCGUCAUCCUUGGAUCUUUUCUUGUGGCUUUUCAAGUGCUAUAUUUUUUGAGGGUGGAGAAUGCAGAAACUGAAAGGAUGUUAAUUGAGCAGAAAAACAGAAUUGAUAAUCUCACCAAGGAGAACACAGUGCUGAAGACUGAGCUACAAGGAGUGAGGAAGUGUGCGGAUGACUGGGAGUACUUCAAAGGAGCAUUUUACCACUUCUCCACUGAUAAGAAGAACUGGACUGAGAGCAGAGAUGCCUGUGUGACUAUGGGAGGACACCUGGUCAUCAUAAACAGUCAACAAGAAAUGGUAUGA